AUCCAUAUAUAUAUCCCUCUAACUUGUUUUUUUUUCCUUCUAAAUAAAUUUGUCCUUUAAUUUGACGGUUAUAUCCUUGGUAAACCGAAUUAUUUGAUUUAUAAGAAAAAAAAGGGAUGAAGGGCAAUAAUGGAAAUCCAUUAGCUUUGACAUCCUUAAAUCAUAUAUCCCGUGUUUGUACAUCACUUGAAGAAUCUAUUGAUUUUUACAAAAAUGUUCUUGGAUUUAUCCCUGUAAGAAGACCUACAUCUUUCAAUUUCAAUGGCGCUUGGUUAUUUGGUCACGGGAUAGGGAUUCAUUUACUUCUGUUGGAAGAAUCAGAAAAAUUGCCAAAGAAAACUGAAAUUAAUCCCAAAGACAAUCAUAUGUCUUUUCAGUGUGAGAGCAUAGAUGGAGUGGAGAAGAAGCUUACAGAAAUGGGGAUUGAGUACGUUAAACAGCUAGUUGAAGAGGGAGGGAUAUAUGUGGAUCAACUCUUUUUCCAUGAUCCAGAUGGAUUUAUGGUUGAAAUUUGCAAUUGUGAUAAACUUCCUAUCAUUCCACUUGUUGGGGAGAUGACUAGGUCUUGCUCCACACAUAAUCUUCACACAACAUCACAAAUGGAAUAUGUCCCACUCAAUUAUAUUCCUUAAACUAGAAGUUAAUUAGUGCUCCUUGGUUUAACACUUAUUCAGAAUUGUUGUUAUAUUAAAUUAAUUUGGCAAUUAUAUGUCGAAAUGUUCAAAUGGAUGAUAGUUUUGGUAGCUUUAUUGAUUUGAAA